AUGGAGUUCACAGGUUAUGCCAGGCUACGGCUGUGGGUGGAAGCCCAAGGCUCUAACGACAUGGAUAUAUUCGCGACUUUGGCAAAAUAUGAUCCCAAGACCGGCCAAAAAUUGGAGAGUCUGUUGGUUGAUGUUGGGAGGCUGAUGGAAGACGCUGGAAGAGAGCGCAAUGAAAUCCGUCGCAGGCACCUCGCUGACCCCAAGUAUUGUGAGCCCUACUUUGACUCUGGUCCCAUGGGCUGCCUGCGAGCCAGUCGCCGUGAACUGGACGAAAAACUGAGCACUCUCUUUCAUCCGGUCUAUACACACCAGACAGAGCAGUUGCUCCAGCCCAAGGAGGUCUUGCCUUUAGAUAUCGCCUUUUGGCCCUACGGGAUGAUCUGCAACCAGGGAGAAGAACUGCGGUUAACAAUCUCAGGGGUGAAUCUCAAGGAGCAUCUCCGUCCCAAUGAUUGCCGGCCGCGGUUGCGUAAUCGAGGAACUCACAUCAUCCACACUGGCAGUACCCCGGUCCAAGAACUCAUGGGUCUGCCGCCACCAAACGGGGAGCGCAAGAAGGGUGGGAAAUGCGGCGCCCAUCUUACUACUGGGUUAUUGUGCUCCUGCAUCGUGGUAGGGCAAACUGCGAAAUUAUUCGGAGACCAACUCGUUCAUAGCGAGGGACUGUCUCUGCCUGCUACGACACUAGUCGGUUUGGCCAAGUCUAGCCCCCGCACAUUUAAGCCUUUCCGGCGCUUCGCUUGUGUAUGCAAUGCUUCGAACGAUGGCGGUCAAUCGCUGUCCGCGCUCUUGGGUUAUGUAGAUCUUUCAGAGGUCCCGCUGCGAGCGCCUCGACCUGGAUCCAAAUUUCUGUCCGCAUCUCGAUUUACAUUACGAUCAUGUAAGACUAUCAACAAAUCAAAGACCGGUCAGUUAUCAAGGAGGUUUUGUUCGCCAUUGUAGUCGACAUGUGUUCGUCGUGCAUUCUCUACAAGUUUGGUUUUGAAGCGGGUAGGAAGGAGGCCAGGACAUCAAAGCAAUUAGUAAGGCAAUCUUAACAGAACAUGACAAAGUAUGCGGCGAGUCACAGCAAAGUCAGGCAUGAGUAAUUCUCUUCAGGCUACUACAUCACUAUUCAGAAAUAAAGCCAAAGGACUUACGAGUCUGAUAGAAUUAUAACAGGAUCAAGAGACUGUCUCUUAUUUAUAUACCUUAAUCUAGGGAAUUUAUUAUUUAUAAUAAGUAAGCCAGCUCAGUGACCUGCGUAACAAAAU